AUGGUGAACGCCCUCGACGCGCGCAGGCUCUUUCUGCAAGCCGUGAUCUCACGCCGAUAUAUGCCCACGCCGCUCGCCCAGGCCCUAUGGCAAAAAUCGCGUGAAGAUGUCAUGGCUAUCGACGAAAACGUGAAUGUACCGAAUACGGCCUGGGACGAACUUGUGACAGAGGUCAACGAGUCUUUGAAUAGCCUUGACCUUGAAUUCUCGCGCGUACACGAUGAAGAGACUGGCGCAGAAAUGUGGGCACUGGUGAAUAGACGCGACGACGAUGUCGCGCAAGUUGCAUCAGAUCUUUCACCACCGGAGAUUGCAUAUUUCAAAGGUCUGGUCGAAGAAAUCGUAUUGGCCCCCAACAACGCAUACAGCAUUUCAUCCAUUGCGGCAAUGCGCGACCCCGUCAAGCCGGCAAACAUGACCAAAGCGGCCGCUGAGACCGUUCUUGCUAGUUUUGUCGCUCGCGGCUGGUUGGUCAAAAGUCGGAAAGGUCGUUACUCACUCAGCGCUCGCAGUCUUUUGGAGCUCCAAGCCUAUCUGAAGACGACAUACGCCGAGGACCUCCUUGAAUGCACAAUCUGUCUCGAACUUCUAACCAAAGGCGUCGGCUGUCCCACACAAGCAUGCAAAGUCUGGAUGCACGCACACUGCUAUGACAAGUACAAGAAGCGUAGCAGUAAGUGCCCAUCAUGUCAGGCCGACUGGUCUACCGCGCCAGAUAGGCUUGUUCCUGCGGGUGAAAGCGCGGCGAGAGCCGGAGAUGACGCGCACACGCAGACCAGGGCGAGGAGGCGAGGUACAAGCGAGGCGCAGGAUGAGGAAGAAGAAGCGGAAUUUGUCGAAGGAGAGGAUGAAGACGAGGAGGCACCGACACAGCCCAAGACGAAUGGAAAGCGCAAGUCUUCCCGCCGCGCUGCAAGCACACCAUCGCUGGCCGAGGGGUUCGAUGAUGACGCGGAAGAGGAAGAUGUCAAGCCUGGCCGUCGUAAGAGCAAUCGGCGGCGAGGGUAG